AUGGCGGUCCCAAUCUUCAACACCGAGCGCCAUGUGAAAUACUAUCUCCGCUGCCUCAAGACUUUCCUGCCCUCGGCCUACACAUCCAGCGACUCCAAUCGCAUGCUUCUCGCUUACCUGACGCUGGGUGGACUGGACGUACUCGGUGUUCUUCACAGCAAAACUACCCUCGAGGAACGGCAAGGAUACAUCGACUGGCUCUACCACUGCCAAGUACCUUCAGGCGGCUUCCGUGGAUUCCCAGGCACUAAUUUCGGUGACGAGCGACGAACAUCCGACAAUGGAGCGUGGGACCCGGCCAAUAUUCCCGCAACAUUCUUUGCGCUUGUCAAUCUGCUCAUGCUGGGCGACGAUCUCGCACGCGUCAAGCGCAAAGAGUGCCUGGAAUGGCUGCCAAGCUUACAACGUGAAGAUGGGAGCUUUGGCGAGACGAUUGGGCCCGGUGGGACAAUUGAAGGAAACCGUGAUCUACGCUACUGUUGCUGUGCUUCAGGGAUACGCUACAUCUUACGGGGCCCAUACGGGAAGGGCGUGGACGACGUGCCGGACAUUGACGUCUCGGGACUGAUUACAUUCAUUGAGCGGUGUCAGAACUACGACGGCGGAAUGGGCGAGUCACCCUUUCGCGAAUCCCAUAGUGGCCAUACAUAUUGUGCAGUUGGAUCUCUGCACUUUCUGCAUCAGGGAAGAGGUAAAAUCCCGUCUUCCCCGCUGCUGUCUCCGGGUUCGAGAAGUUUUGAGUCUUUGGUUGGCUGGCUGGCAUCGCGACAGACGGAUAGGUUGCUUGGCGAGUGCGACAAGGAUGAAGAGGAAGACGAGGACGGAGAGGAAGACGAAGACGAAGAGCAGGAGGACCAGACGACAGAUGGACAGCGGAUAGGAGAUUCAGGGGCGGAAGUGCAGACUCGCGAUCGAGAAGCGCGGCUCGUCACCGAAGAUGAAUCAGGGAAUGGGCCAGCGCCAGGUUCAAUAAAGGACACGAUCGGCGCUUUGCCGUUUUUGGCCCCAGAGGCAAAUGAAGGGAUAUCGUGGGCGGGAUUCAAUGGCCGAUGCAAUAAAUUGGCAGAUACAUGCUACUCGUUUUGGAACGGGGCAGCAUUGAUGAUGCUGGAUCGUUACUCUGUCAUUGAUGACGUGCGGAACCGAAAAUACCUUUUAGGAAAGACCCAGCACCUGGUUGGAGGCUUUGGAAAGGGUGUUGGAGACUCGCCUGAUCUCCUGCACUCAUAUUUCGGCCUGGUCUCCCUAGCAUUUCAGGGUGAAGAGGGUCUCGCUCGGGUUGAACCUGCCCUUGUUGCGACCGAUCGGACAGUGGCGCACUUGGAAUCAUUGCCAUGGUGGUCAUCAGACCGAUAG